GGCGGCGCCUCGGAAUUCCGUCACGUGUCGCCCUCAGGCCCUGCCCAGCGGGAUCUGAGUUCGGCCGCUGUUUCCCACGUCGUGCAGGGCGUCGGUGAAGCGAUAUUUCCCCAGCAUUUGUCUUUCCGCAGACAUUCCUUUGUAGAGCAUCAUACUGAUAAGCCAUAAUGUCUGGAAUUGCUAUUGCACGACUAGCAGAGGAGAGAAAGGCAUGGAGGAAAGAUCAUCCAUUUGGUUUUAUUGCAAGACCGACAAAGAACCCUGAUGGCACUCUGAAUCUCAUGAACUGGGAGUGUGCCAUUCCAGGAAAGAAGGGGACUCCAUGGGAAAAUGGACUGUACAGGCUGCGAAUGAUCUUCAAGGACGAUUACCCAUCAACCCCACCUAAGUGCAAGUUUGAACCUCCUCUGUUCCACCCCAAUGUUUACCCAUCAGGAACAGUGUGUUUGUCGCUCCUGGAUGAAGAGAAGGACUGGCGACCUGCAAUUACCAUCAAGCAGAUCCUUUUGGGUAUUCAGGACUUGCUUAAUGACCCCAACAUCAAGGACCCUGCACAAGCUGAAGCCUACACUAUUUACUGUCAAAACCGUCUGGAAUACGAGAAAAGAGUACGAGCCCAGGCCAAGGCAAUGUCCGCUCCCUUUGAGUAGAGAGAAUCGCAGCCAUCACAAUACAGGAAGCAUGGAGAGUUCUUGAGAUAGUAAUUAGUUAUUGAGAAGCAUUGCACUUCUGGUUUUAGUGCUUCUGCUGGUGGGAAGGUGCCUAGAAGUGGCGUUCUUGCCAGCAGACACAUUCGGUUUGGGGGUUUCCAUGAAUGAACUUUUCUAGAGGGAUUGAGUACGCCUAUGCGAUGCUGAUUGCAGAAAGCGGCAUCUUUUUAUGUUUUUGAAAUACGUGACGAGCAUCUCAUUCCAUUCUCUGUUUUAAGUGACAUGGCUCACUCUACGAACCUUCUCAGUGAUCUAACAGUCAAGAAAAGAUAUCCUCGGACAAGAGAAUCUAUCUUCCCGGGAAGUGUUUAUUUUUAGGUAUACUGUAUAUUUUCCUCCCCCCUCCCUUAUGUACCUGUUCCUACAAAUAUAUUUCCUCCACUGAGUCAUUAAUGGAUAUUAAGUAAUAAACUAUUUUUACCAUUA